AUGAUUGCAUUCGAUCGUCGACAGAAGAUGAGACUUUGGGUGAUUAUCUGUGCCCUGGUGGUGGCGAUUCACGCGUCCAUCGCCGAAAUGCCAAGGAACAAGAAUCGUGGUAGAGGAUCGAUGUGGUGGGGAAUCGCGAAGGCAGGAGAGCCGAACAAUUUUUUGCCAAUGUCUCCAGCCUCCCUUCACAUGGAUCCCACAGUGUACGCGACCUUGAGGAGAAAGCAACGCAGGUUGGCCAGGGAAAAUCCAGGAGUGUUGAUGGCGGUGGCCAGGGGCGCGAAUCAAGCGAUCGCAGAGUGCCAACAUCAGUUUCGCAAUCGUCGAUGGAAUUGUUCCACCAAGAAUUUCCUCCGUGGGAAAAAUCUGUUCGGCAAGAUCGUGGACAGAGGUUGUCGAGAGACCGCCUUCAUCUACGCCAUCACUAGCGCUGCGGUGACUCACAGCAUCGCGAGAGCGUGCAGCGAAGGCAGCAUCCAGUCCUGUUCCUGCGACUAUACUCACCAAUCGCGACCACCAUCCACGACGCGCGAUUGGGAAUGGGGUGGUUGUUCGGACAACAUCGGUUACGGUUUCAAAUUCUCCCGUGAAUUCGUGGACACGGGCGAACGCGGUCGAAAUCUGCGCGAAAAGAUGAAUCUUCACAAUAACGAGGCAGGUAGAGCGCACGUGUCCUCGGAGAUGCGGCAGGAGUGCAAGUGUCACGGCAUGUCCGGCUCCUGCACGGUGAAGACCUGCUGGAUGAGGCUACCCAACUUUCGCGUGGUCGGGGACAACCUGAAGGAUCGAUUCGACGGCGCGUCCAGAGUUAUGGUGAGCAACUCGGACCGGGUGCGUGGCAAUGGGAACGCGAUCGUGAGCAAUUCGGCGAGCAAUUCGGUGCACGGGCAUCGAGAAGGUCUGGGUCGUCGACACCGGUACAACUUCCAGCUGAAGCCGUACAACCCGGAGCACAAGCCGCCCGGACCGAAGGACCUCGUCUACCUGGAACCCUCACCCCCGUUCUGCGAGAAGAACCCGAAACUCGGCAUUCUCGGCACCCACGGUAGACAGUGCAACGACACGAGUAUCGGUGUCGACGGCUGCGACCUGAUGUGCUGCGGCAGAGGCUACAAAACGCAAGAGGUGACCGUCGUCGAGAGAUGCGCCUGCACGUUUCACUGGUGUUGCGAGGUCAAGUGUCAGCUCUGCAAAAUCAAGAAGACGAUACACACGUGUCUCUAG